AUGUCGGACCGGAGCGCCCCGGGCUGCCGGCUCAGACUGGACUGGGUCUACGGGUACCGGGGCCACCAGUGCCGGAAUAACCUGUACUACACCGCCGGGAAGGAGGUGGUGUACUUCGUGGCCGGGGUCGGUGUGGUUUACAACACCAGAGAGCACAGCCAGAGGUUUUACCUGGGACACAACGAUGACAUCAUCAGCCUGGCGCUGCACCCGGAGCGCUCCCUGGUGGCGACCGGUCAGGUGGGGAAGGAUCCCUACGUGUGUGUGUGGGACUCCUUCACCGUCCAGACCGUCUCUCUGCUCCGCGACGGUCACACACACGGCAUCGCCUGCCUCGCAUUCAGCGCUGACGGACAGCGGUUAGCCUCGGUCGGCCUGGACGCCAAGAACACAGUGUGUAUCUGGGAGUGGAAGAGAGGGAAGAUCCUGGCUACAGCCACCGGACACUCAGACAGGAUCUUUGAUAUCUGCUGGGAUCCGUUUCAGCAGAACCGCCUGGUGAGCUGUGGAGUCAAGCACAUCAAGUUCUGGUCCCUGUGUGGUAACGCCCUCACUCCAAAGAGGGGGAUUUUCGGGAAGACGGGCGACCUGCAGACCAUCCUGUGCGUCGCGUCGGCCAAAGAUGACAUCACGUACUCGGGGGCGCUCAAUGGGGACAUUUACGUCUGGAAGGGACUGAACCUGAUACGAACGGUUCAGGCCGCCCACGGGGCUGGUAUCUUCAGCAUGUAUUCCUGUGAGGAGGGUUUUGCCACAGGAGGCAGAGACGGCUGCAUCCGACUGUGGGACGUCGACUUCAAACCGAUCACCAAGAUCGACCUGCGAGAGGCCGAGCAGGGAUACAAAGGUCUGUCUAUUCGCAGCGUCUGCUGGCGAGCCGACCGGAUCCUGGCGGGAACGCAGGACAGCGAGAUCUUUGAGGUGAUGGUGAGGGAUCGGGACAAACCGCUGCUCAUCAUGCAGGGACACAGCGAGGGCGAGCUCUGGGCUCUGGACGUUCACCCCAAAAAACCUCUGGCUGUUACCGGCAGCGACGACCGCUCCGUCAGGUUAUGGAGUCUGGUGGAUCAUGCCCUCAUCGCUCGCUGUAACAUGGAGGAGGCGGUGCGGAGCGUGGCGUUCAGCGUGGACGGAUACCAGCUGGCUCUGGGCAUGAAGGACGGAUCCUUCACUGUACUGCGAGUCAGAGACAUGACGGAGGUCGUUCACAUCAAAGACAGGAAGGAGGUGAUCCACGAGAUGAAGUUUUCUCCGGAUGGAGCGUACCUCGCUGUGGGCUCCAACGACGGACUCGUGGACAUCUACGCUGUCGCUCAGAGAUACAAGAAGGUAGGAGAGUGCAGCAAAUCCACCAGUUUCAUCACACACCUGGACUGGUCUCUGGACAGCAAGGUCCUGCAGACCAACGACGGAGCUGGAGAACGCCUCUUCUACCGAAUGCCCAUGGGGAAGCCGGUCAUCAGUAAAGAGGAGGUCAAGGGUCAGUGCUGGGCAUCCUGGAGUGGUGUCCUGGGCUCAGAAGUCACCGGCAUCUGGCCUAAAUACUCGGACCUAACCGAGAUCAACGCCGUGGAUGCCAACCACGCCGCUGCGGUGCUCGUCACCGGAGACGACCUCGGCCUCGUUAAGCUCUACCGCUUCCCCUGUCAGAGGAAAGGAGCCAAAUUCAAGAAGUACAUUGGACACUCAGCCCAUGUGACCAACGUCCGCUGGUCACAUGACCUGCAGUGGGUGAUGACCACGGGUGGAGCUGACCACGCCCUCUUCCAGUGGCGGUUUCUACCAGAGUCCGUCAUGAAUGGAGGACUGGACGUCAACAUACCUGACAGCCACGGGGACUCCAACAGCGAGGAGUCGGACAGCGACGUGUCGGAUGUCCCGGAGCUCGACUCCGACAUUGAGCAGGAAACGCAGAUCAACUACGACAGACAGGUGUAUAAGGAGGACCUGCCUCAGCUGCGGCAGCAGAGCAGAGAGAAGAAGCAGCAGGUCGGAUCUCUGAAGAGACAAAGAGGACCAGACCAAGGCCUCCGGCUGCAGUUUGUGCACGGUUACCGUGGUUACGACUGCAGGAACAACCUCUUCUACACUCAGGGGGGGGAGGUGUUGUUCCACGUGGCGGCGGUGGGCGUGGUCUACAACCGACAGCUGCACAGCCAGCGCUUCUACAUCGGCCAUGACGACGACAUCCUGAGCCUCAGCAUCCACCCGCUGAAGGACUACGCUGCUACGGGACAGGUCGGCAGGGAUCCAGCUAUCCAUGUGUGGGACAUCCAGACCCUGAAGUGUCUGUCUUUGCUGAAAGGUUUCCACCAGAGGGGAGUGUCUGCUCUGGACUUCUCAGCUGAUGGAAAGACUCUGGUCUCAGUGGGAGUCGAUGACGGACACUCAAUCGUUGUCUGGGACUGGAAGAGAGGAGAGAAACUCGCUACUGCCAGGGGUCAUAGAGAGAAGAUAUUUGUGGUGAAGUGUAAUCCCAUGCUGAUGGACAAACUGGUCACUGUGGGAAUCAAACACAUCCAGUUCUGGCAACAUGCAGGUGGCGGUCUGACCUUCAGACGCGGUGUGUUCAGGAGCGUCGGCCGGCCGGAGACCAUGAUGUCGGUUUGUUACGGUCGCAGCGAGGCGCUGGUGUUCUCCGGCGCCGCCAACGGAGACGUUUACAUCUGGAAGGAACCUCUGCUGCUGAAAACAGUCAAAGCUCACGAUGGACCGGUGUUCGCCAUGUUCUCCCUCGACAAGGGCUUUGUGACGGGCGGGAAGGACGGCGUGGUGGAGCUGUGGGACGACAUGUUUGACCGCUGCCUCAAGACGUACGCCAUCAAGAGAGCAGCGCUGUCCCCGGGCUCGAAAGGCCUGCUCCUGGAGGACAAUCCGUCCAUCAGAGCCAUCACUCUGGGUCACGGUCACAUCCUGGUGGGAACCAAAAACGGUGAAGUUCUGGAGAUCGACAAGACCGGACCGAUGACCCUGCUGGUGCAGGGUCAUAUGGAGGGUGAGGUUUGGGGUCUGGCCCCUCACCCCCUCCUCGCAGUCUGUGCCACCGUCAGCGACGAUAAAACCCUGCGACUGUGGGAGACGUCAGCCAAUCACCGCAUGGUGGCCGUCCGCAAGCUGAAAAGAGGCGGUCGCUGCUGUGCCUUCUCUCCUGAUGGGAAAGCGUUGGCGGUCGGUCUGAGCGAUGGCGGCGUGCUGGUGGUGAACGCAGACACGUUGGAGGAUCUGUUGAGCUUCCACCAUCGCCGCGACGCCAUCUCUGACGUCCGCUUCACACCAGACUCAGGUAAAUUCCUGGCCGUGGCGUCACAUGACAGCUUCGUGGACAUCUACAACGUGCUGAGCAGUAAGAGGGUUGGCAUCUGCAAAGGAGCGUCCAGUUACAUCACACACAUCGACUGGGACGCUCGAGGUAAACUGCUGCAGGUCAACACAGGAGCCAAAGAGCAACUUUUCUUCGAAGCUCCGAGAGGAAAAAGACAAACCAUCAGAAACUCAGAGCUGGACCGGAUCGAGUGGUCCAGCUGGACCUGCGUUCUGGGCUCGAGCUGUGAGGGAAUCUGGCCGACGCACAGUGACAUCACUGACAUCAACGCCGCGUCGCUCACCGGAGACCGAACGCUGCUCGCCACCGGAGACGACUUCGGCUUCCUCAAGCUGUUCAGCUACCCCGUUCGAGGUCAGUACGCCCGUUUCAAGCGUUACGUGGGCCACAGCGCCCAGGUGACCAGCGUGCGCUGGGCUCAGGAUGACUCCACCCUGCUGACGGUGGGUGGGGCUGACACCGCCCUGAUGAUCUGGGCGAGGGAGCGAGGGGGCAGGGUCGGCGGAGAGGGCGAGGCGCCCUUGUGUUGGGACAACCGACCGCCCGUGGACAGCGAGGAGUCGGACGACGACAUCGAGGAGGACGGAGGCUACGACAGUGAUGUUGCCCGGGAGAAGAGGGUGGAUUACACCGCUAAGAUGUACGCUGUCAGCAUCAGAGAGAUGAGAGGAACCAAACCUCACCAACAGCUGAAGGAGCUGUCUGCUGAGGAGAGGCCUCCGGUGAGUCGAGCAGCGCCGCAGCCAGAAAAACUCCAGAAGAACAAUGUCUCCAAGAAGAAGAGGCUGGUGGAGGACCUGGUUUUGGAUCACGUGUUUGGUUUUCGGGGCUUCGAUUGUCGUAACAACCUGCACUACCUCAACGAUGGCACUGACAUCGUCUACCACACUGCCGCCACCGCGAUUGUCCACAGUCUCAGCACCGGAACUCAGAGCUUCUACCUGGAACACACUGAUGACAUCCUCUCUUUGACCGUCAACCAGCACCCGAAAUACAAAAACAUCAUCGCCACCGGACAGAUCGGCACCACUCCCUCCAUCCAUGUGUGGGACGCGAUGAGUAAACAGACUCUGUCCAUCCUCCGCUGUCCUCACGCCAAAGGCGUCGGCUACGUUAACUUCAGCGCCACGGGAAAGCUGCUGCUGUCUGUCGGAGUGGAACCUGAACACACCAUCACUGUGUGGCGCUGGCAGGAAGGGUCUAAGGUGUGCAGUAAGGCCGGACACCCGGACCGGAUCUUCGUGGUGGAGUUUCGUCCGGACUCUGACUCCCAGUUCGUGUCGGUGGGAAUCAAACACGUGAAGUUCUGGACGCUGGCCGGCGGCGCUCUGAUGUACAAGAAGGGCGUGGUGGGAACGGUGGAGGACGGCAGGAUGCAGACGAUGCUGUCUGUCGCCUUCGGUGCUAAUAACUUGACGUUCACCGGAGCCAUUAACGGGGACGUGUACGUGUGGCGGGAUCACUACCUGCUGAGGGUGGUGGCGAAGGCUCACACCGGGCCCGUCUUCACCAUGUACACCACGCUGAGAGACGGACUCAUCGUCACCGGCGGCAAGGAGAGGCCGACCAAGGAGGGCGGAGCGGUGAAGCUCUGGGAUCAGGAGAUGAAACGUUGUCGAGCCUUCCAGCUGGAGACGGGACAGCAGGUGGAGUGCGUCCGAUCGGUCUGCAGAGGCAAGGGGAAGAUCCUAGUGGGGACGAAGGACGGGGAGAUCAUCGAGGUCGGGGAGAAGAACGCGGCGUCCAACCUGCUGCUGGACAGUCACGCUCGGGGAGGAAUCUGGGGUCUGGCUGCUCAUCCUGCAAAAGAUCUGUUCAUCACCGCCAGCGACGACGCCACCAUCCGCCUGUGGGACCUCGCCGACAGGAAACUGUUGAACAAGGUGUGUGUUGGCCAUGAAGCCCGCUGUGUGAGCUACAGCGCUGACGGAGAAAUGCUGGCCGUGGGGAUGAAGAACGGCGAGUUCCUCCUCCUCCUCGCCAACUCGCUGAAGAUGUGGGCGAAGAAACGAGACCGCAGUGCCGCCAUCCAGGACAUCAGGUUCAGUCCAGACCGGCGGCUUUUGGCAGCCGGUUCAGUGGAGAACACAGUGGAUGUUUACGAUGUGAGCGCAGGACCGAGUCUGAACCGGCUGGUUUACUGCAGCGACAUCCCUGCUUUCAUCCUGCAGCUCGACUUCUCUGCUGACAGCUGUUAUAUACAGGUGUCCACAGGAGCUUAUAAGCGGCAGGUGUUUGAGGUUCCUUCGGGGAAGUUGGUGAGUGACCAGACCAUCAUCGACAGAAUCACCUGGGCAACCUGGACCAGUGUCCUGGGAGAUGAAGUUUUGGGGAUUUGGCCACGAAACGCAGACAAAGCUGAAGUGAACUGUGCGUGUGUGUCUCACGGCGGCCUGAACAUCGUCACCGGCGACGACUUCGGAUUGGUCAAACUGUUCGACUUCCCCUGCACUGAGAAGUUUGCGAAACACAAGCGCUACCUCGGCCACUCGGCUCACGUGACCAACAUCCGCUUCUCCCACGAGGACAAACACGUGAUCAGCACAGGAGGAGAUGACUGCAGUGUGUUUGUGUGGAAAUGCCUGUAAACACAGAGACAGAGACGCUUUCAUCCAAAGCACCUUAACAGCACCACAAGUGGAUCCGGAGGGAAUUGAACCCGCAACCCGAACCUGAAGAGUUCCCCUUCACGACGGGUCACGUGACCCUGAACCGGAACAACAACGAGAACCAGAAGAAUCAGACGUUUCCUGAUCCGAGCACAGACGCAGACGUUUGUUUUUGGUUGAUUUAGUUUCAGAGCCAAUCAGCUUUAAAACAGAAGUCAUGUGACUCACUGCUGCGCUCAGCUCUCUGAGCGACUCAACAGGUGACAAA